CGUGGAGUUUAUGCCCUUGCGUGGGCAUUCCCUUGAGAGGGCUCCAACAUCGAGGACUAGUGGAAAGCAUUGCUUUCCGAUACCUCGAUAAAAAUCGUUGUGUUUGGCGUACCAGAAGUUUGCCUUCUCUACCCGUUCUACAUUCCACAUUACCUAUUGCACUUACAUUUCGUGUUUACCUUUCCUAGAAUUGCCUUGUGAGUUUAUAGGAUUGAAAACUGGGAUGCAAAACUCUUUUAUGGUACAGAGAUAUCAACACAUAGAAAAACCUAGUGCACAUCUAGAUAGAAAUUGGAAUACGGUUUUUAUAUGUUCUUGGAGCAUUAGUUUUUAGAACACCUAAUUCAACCUCCCCCCUCUUAGGUUGUCAUGGUCCUUUCACCAUAUGAACUUCUUCAACAACUAAACACUUGAUCAACAUUGCUCUCGACGUUGUAAACUUGUGUGGUCUUCUUGCAAAUUUUACCUUUCUUUGAUUAUUCAAGCAAACCACCAAUGAUACCAUACAAUUGCAUUUCAUCCUUGUCCUUUUUGCUCACCCCCAACCUUUACUUAUCAUGUAUUUACUUUUGCAAACUUUAAUUGUCAUGAGCUUGACAUCGUCAUUUACAGUAACAGUCAAUCCAAAACUCAAUAAACUCAUUAGUCCUUCAGUUGUUUAUGCCAUUCAACCACCAAAACCCAAGCGGCCAAGAUACACUUUCGCAAAGACAAAUCCCCAACUCUAGCCAAUCUUCCUACUAAUCUUGUCCAUGUACAUGCUACAAUUUGAUUUAUAUUUUCUAAUUUGGGUUACCCAAUGGUACACCUGAUUCUAAAAUCAUCGCUUAACUAUGCCCCUAGAUAUGAACCUUACUACAAAAAUCAUAAGAUUCACAUAUUUGAAACCAAAUCAACUAAAAUAGAUUUCUAGCUAAAAUACAAGCCCGAGUUAUAUGAAGCCCGAGUUAUAUGUUUUAUUGACACAUGUUUUAGAUGUCAUGAUUUAUUUUCCGGUUCUAUACGCCUUGUUGGAUGAUGUUGGAGCAUCUUUCCCCUCUUUCUAGUGCAUUUACACAUAGUUAGCACUCUUGAUUUUUUGUAGAAUUAGUUAGUCAUACAAUACAUCCUUGCGAACUCAUCAAAAUGAUCCUGUUUUAUUCCAUUCAAAUUUGACUACCAUCUUAAUUUAGGAAAUAACUUAUACGAAAGAUUGCUGGAAAAUUUAAAUUAAAACUAUAUAAAUAGAGGACAUGUUCACAUUUUCACAAGUACUUAAGAGCAGUGACACUUAUGAGAUGCCGCAAAACACAAGUUCAAUCAAGUCCAUGUCACUUUUGAAUUUUUUAUGGCACCAAUCAUAUUUCAAAAUUCAUUCGCAGUUUGAACUAAUACAAUUGAUUUUCACACAAUUUUCAUACAUUGUAUGUUUUCACUAGAUAUAACCCCAACCUUACAUGAUGUGUUAUGAAUGAUAGUUCUUAGGAUUCUCAUUUGUGUGUGCACUAGCAUUCGAUUAAUUAUGUGGCCAUUCUUAUAAAAUGGAAAAUAACUAUUACCAUAGUUGCCAAUGAUUUAGCACAACUUUACAAUGCGACCAUGUAAUAGUUUUGUUAGCUUAAUGCAUUACUUGGUUUCUAUGAUAAAUUCAAGUGUUAACUAUAAAAAUAGGGAUCUAGAGGUUUCCUUGUUAUCAUGGGGCCUCAACUUUGUCAAGGGAAUCAUAAAACCAUUACGACCCUACUUAACAUGCCUACCUUUAGAUGAACCGAAUUCUAUUUCUUGACACAAUAACAACAUAUACAAAUGAAAGACUUCUAUGCGCUGGCAAAAUAUGGCUAGAGUCCAUUGGAGAUACAUUAUAUAUCUUAAGGAUAUGCUAACUUGUCGUGUAGCAAGAGAUAUAUUGAUCAUUAAAUCCUCACUACUAUUUAUCUUUUUUUGUCUACCUUGAGGAUAUAGGUUCACAUGCAAACUAAUUCUAUAUCUCAAUAUCAUAUCGUCAUCAUAGCAACAAACUCAUCUCUAUCUUAAAAUAUAUCACCAUAUAGCCUCAAGCUCUGAUUAUAUAUCUUAAGGAUAUUGGCGGUAAAGCUACAAGUAACUAUUUCUCUAUCUUAGAGAUAUAGCUAGUACAGCCGCGAAUGGCCAUAUAAACAGGCCCAUUCUCGGUUCACUCCAUCAACAACAUUGCAAUAUAAACGGUCUUAUAUCAAAGGUUUGCAAGCUCUUCCCCCAUAGGAAGGAAGCUGAAGUUGUGUGGGGAGUACACCAUGGCCACCGAUGCCCCUCAUGUGCUUGUAGUUGACGAUACAUUUCUUGAUCGUCUUGUGGCAUCUCGCGUCUUAAAGAAUUGUAACAUUCGAGGUGCAAUAAGGCUAUUAUGAAUCUUUCUACUCCAUUCUACAACUAGUCUUUUUGUUAUAUUGUUUAUCAAAUUUUAUUGUUUAUUAUUUUCACACUUCUUGAAAAUUGAUAAAAUAGUAGUACAUUGUAGGGAUUUGGGAUUGUAUACUAGCAUUGAUGUCCUUGCGUGAUGUUGUGGUUAAGAUUUUUCUUACUGUAACAUGAUCUCACUUUAAGUAUAGUGCAAAUAGGAAAUUUUACUAUUUAUAAUAGGUAUAAAGUCAAGCUAUUUCAGUGUCUCUAGUCUUCUUUAUGUUCACGUAAUAAGUGUUUCGGUGUUCAACAAUUCAAAUUGUUGUUAUAAAUGUUAUUAUUUUGUAGUGACUAUUAUGGAGGGUCCAAAGCAAGCCUUGGAGUUUCUAAAUAUGGAACAUGAUGUGAAGUUGAUUCUGACCGAUUAUUGUAUGCCUGAUAUGACUGGGUAUGAUCUUCUAAUGGAGAUAAAGAAAUCACCUAAGCUGAAGCACAUUCCUGUGGUGAUCAUGUCCUCUGACAACAUCCCGGAAAGGAUGAAAAAGUGCUUGGAUGCAGGGGCGAAGGAGUAUAUCAUUAAGCCUCUCAAUAUUGUUGACGUGCCCCGUGUUUUGAGUUACAUUUGAUGAGAUGAUGAGGGUAACAAAUAAAGGACUACAAGAACUCCUAUAUAGGGUUCUAUAUUUCCAAUUUUCUAGUCAUCCUUAUUUACAUUUGACCAUGUGUGGUCAUCUUUAUGUCAUUAGUUUUGUGCUAUCCGAUUCAACUUCUAUGAGGCGGUGAUGGGGGUUUUUAUGAAUAUUAUGUGUCUUACAUUCAUAUAAUAUCUAGGUUCAUAUAAAUCAAGUUUGUGAUGGAGACUCUGUAUCACAAACUAGUUAGACUUGGACAUGGUGGAUAUGAUGGUUCCUUACUAGUUUUCCAAUG